UUUUGCCAUCCUCACCUGGGAGGCCAGAAAAAUAUCUUUGAAGAGUUGUAGGAAUCUACAGGCCAUCCUCCAAUUACUCUUGUGGAUCUCCAGCCCAUUGACCGUCCUAUGGCUCUCGUCCCUAGUCCCAGCAUCGCCGAACAGAUAUCCAAGCCAUCUGAGCUUUUUCCUCUGAAUACCCCCAAAUUCCCGACCUGGGUCCGUAUGAUUCCAAUCCUAGGAACAAGAUCAAGUUUGGGCAUACAGGUGGGUGUAUGUGCUCUGCGACUGAAAACCCUCGCUAACAGUUGGUGUUUCCAGGGCCAGGAGUGGAAGGACUUGCGCAAAAUCUCCAACCCUGUAUCCACAACUCAACAUUUGUAGACCUUAUUACCCCUUAUGCUCGAAAAAAUGGUGCCUUUCUGGAACUACCUCGAUCAGUUCGUGGAUUCAGGGGAACAAGUCUCUCUGGAGACUGAUCUCUAAUUUGACCUUCAUGUUAUC